UCCGCCGCCUGCCGCCGGCGUGCCAGUUAGUGGCGCGGACUUGAGCCGCAUGGACACAGUUUAAUAGUGACAGACUGUGGUUUCACAUGUUGUGACGAAAUGUUAAAGUGAUUUUGUGAUGAAAUUAUGUUGUUUAAUUCCGAGGAAUUACAUUCAAAGAUUUGCCGCCACCAUAUCGGGAAAAUGAAGAGGAAGUAAUUCCGCGUGAGAACCACCAGCCGCAGAUUCCGGACACUCCAAUAUGCGACGCGCUAGACCUGCUGGCAAAUUGCAAAAUAACGAGCGAACCUAACGACAUAGACGUCCAGUCCGAGGUCGAAUACGCGGAAAUCGAAGACAUGGGUGUAUGGCAUUCUACACCAUUGGCCCACAGACACAAGUCCAAAAUAUCCCUAACAUGGGUUUUGAAGGAAAAUCUUGACAAAACGGAAAAGAAGAAGGAUGAUAAAGUAAAAAGGUUUUCUUACGAACGGCCUGUUUCAAAGUGUUUUGAUAGUAAAUGUGUAGUGAAAGAGAGAGUGGUCGGUCGGAAUGAGUAUUAUCAUAAUCUAAGGUUUAAGAGUGCUUGUGAAGACUUCGCUAACAACCAGGACUCUUACUCGGACUCCAGCGUCGGUACGGAGGAGUUUGUGAGAAGGAAACACAGACAUCGACAUAGGAGAAGAAAAAGGAGCAGCAAAUUCGGCUACGAUAUUCGAGAUUUGGACACAUUUUUAAGCGAGGCCACAAUAGACCAUCCGGGAAACAUCCCAGUAGUGAUCGCUUUCCCUACCACACUGUACCAGACGCAAAGGGACCUACAACGCGAACUAACUCUACCGCUGGGCACUGUCGUCAACGCAGUGUUCAAGAACCAGCAGUGGCUGUACGCACAGACGCCGCACGGGGACGAAGGCUACGUGCUCUACAGCGCAUGCUUGCCUUUGGGAAUAUUACCUAGUAGAUCAGCCUUUCAAAAGAAAACCCCGUGCUGGGAAAGCAGUACGGAUAUCUACCCGAGGCCCUGCGGAAACCUGACAGACAGCGAGAAGGAGCAACUGCGAAGCAGAACACGCUCGGAGAGUAGAAACCGUACAAAGAACAGACAAACCAAGACUUCCUGCGCGGAAAAGGACUUUGACAGCCUGUAUUUAAAGACCAAAUCGGUCUGCUCCAGUCUCGAUACUGCGCAUAAGGAUAUUUCGAUUGAUUUGAAAGUGAAACCGAAGUUGCAAAGACAAACUCUGUUGGUUGUGAAUAGUAAUUACAAGGGUAGUUUGUUGAAUAGGACGUUGUCAGUUAAAAAAGGUGAAGUGGUUGUGUUAAUGCAGGAAGGGGCAGAGACUGAUGUGGAUUUGGAAUGGUUUUAUGUGAGACGGAGAGAUGGCAACCAGGGUUUCAUACCAGCGGCGAUUGCUGGUCAUGGAUAUAUUUAAAUAAUUGUAAAAUUGGAGUUUUGCUGUGUAUAAAAAAUAAGUUAAAUGCAUUUAAAUAUUGAGGUUUUCUAUUUGUUAAGAUGUACCUACGAAAUAUAAAUAAUUGUUAAAUUG